CCUCAGGCUUGCCUCACCAUCCAAGACAGAAUGAAAACAACUUCAGGACAGUCGGGCCUAGUGAGGCCUCACCUUACAUUGGAUGGCCCCUCUCAAAAUGGCGCCCUACCCUGCCAUCCUAGUGGACGCGAAGCCAUUACCAAGCAGCGCGAACAGGCCGAAGCCUCUCAUCGUCUGGAGGCUGAGCAGCAGCGACAAAAAGAGGCUGAGGCCCGCAUUGCCAGGCUUGAGGCGACCGUGGAGGCAGCCGAGCUGAAGGUUCGCCUUCUGGAGGAGGAGAGGCGGACGCUCAAGCGGGAUCUGGCGGCCUCAAAGGAUAAGGCAUUCUAUCGAGCGGCCGAGGAUGUGUCUCAGCUGUCCACGUUGGUGAAGGACCGAGAUCUUCUACAGGAGGAGAGGGACGUGCUCUCUCGGGAGCUCGACGCUUACAGAACCCAGGUGACGCGCCUCUCUCACGUGGAGCGGGAGGUGGGCAGCCUUCGUGAGAACAAACAGAAGCUGGAACAGCACUCACAGGCCCUGUCCGAGCACCUGCACCAGUCCAGCGAGAAGAUACAGAGCCUUGAUACGAGUCUUCUUAGCGCUACGGCUCAGACGGCUGCUCUCCAGUCCGACCUGCGCCUGGCGCAGCAGGAGAGGGAGACCCUGCGGCAGGAGGUGGUGUCGCUGACGCGGGCGCUGCAGCUCACACGGGACAAGGCGUACGCGCUGGAGUGCUCGGCUCAGGCGGCGUCCGACACGUCCCAACAGAAGCAGCUGUUCCGCGAGGGCGUCACGCGCCUCGCGGAGCGCGAGCUUCGCGAGCAGCGCAGCGAGAACGAUCAUCUCGCCCACGAGGCUCAGCUCGCACGCGCAGAGCUGUCGCACGCGCGCGACAAGGUCUCGCAGCUGGAGAUGGCGAUGGCUUCGCUGCAGCAGAAUGGGCACAUGGCGCAUGCGAGGCUGCUGCAGCUGUCGGAGCAGGAGGUGCUCUCCCUGCGGGGCCGCGUCGACGUGCUGCAGGCACAGCUCCGGGCACACCAGGAGAAGGUGAAGCAGAUGGGUGAAGUGGAAGUGGAGUUGCAGCAGGCGCGGGCGGAGAGCAGCCGUCUGCGGGAGGAGAACGCCCAGAUGCAAGAGCGCCUGUCCAACUCGCUCAGACAGGCGCAGUCGCACGUCCCGCUUGCUCGCCUCGAGGAGGUGCGCCAGAGGCUGGCGGAGGAGGAGCAGCGGGUGCGACAUCUGGAGACCGAGCUGGAGCACGGCCGUUCGGCCGGGAGCACGGCUGAGCAGCAGGAGGCAUACGAGCGCAUGCUGAAGAGCAUGGGCUCGCGCAUGGAGGAGGUGGAAGGGAAGCUCAAGUCUGUGCGCGUGAUGCUGCAGGAGAAGGUGACGCAGCUCAGGGACCAGCUGAACCGCAACGAGCAGGCGGACUUGCGCAUCAAGGACCUGUACGUGGAGAACUCGAAGCUCAUGAAAGACCUGCAGCUCAUGGAGCAGCGGCAGCGCACGGCCGAGCGCAAGAGCUUCCUGCUGGAAGAGAAGGUGGUCGCUCUCAACAAGCUGCUGCGCAAGCUGGUGCCGGAGCCCCUCCAGCCCGUGCUGUGAGACCACGCUUGGUCCAACCUCUCAUGCAACCGGGCAAAGGCCAAACGAGCAAACAAAAAGAGGGUGGCAGGCCCAGCGUUUGUCAGGCGGUUGAACCGCUGGCCGCUGAACUCGUGGUACGACAAUCCCACGACUCGCCCCCCCGUUGGAAGGACACAGUUGGUCGAUUGCACGUGCGGCAUUGGCGUGUGCACGAGAAGCAACCAAUCCUGCAGGGCUAUGGUGAGUCUGUACAGCAAGGAGGUGGUUGCCAACCACUCUGUGCAGAAUUUUGAAUAUUGACCCUCGUGUGGGGGGGGGUUUCUCCAGGCACUUCCUCCGGCGUGAAGUGCCGUUACUCAAAAAGGAAGUGGCAAGAUACAGCGGGGAUGACCCUUCGGAGGGAAUUGUUUGGGUUAAGAAAGGACCCGUGUGAUAUUAAUUACCAUCAUGCAGUGACAAAUAGCCCAACACCGCCUCUGCCAAAGGUUUGUCAUCUCUAAUGACUACUCGUCAGGGUCAUGACCAUACCAGCCAACAAAGCGGAACACUCGACAAAGCCACACUCCCUUAUCUCCAUCGGAAUGAAUGGAACCUCCAGCGCAAUGCUACCAAACGGAGCGAUGCGGCGAACAGCAAAUGGUACGACGGAAUGGCUUUCGGCCGCCCCCGGGGCACACUGCAUCUUGGGGAACCAAAAGCCGCGAUUUUCCACGUCGCCUCCGACCGCCGGCAGAGUGUCGCGGUUGCUUUUGCCGUUUGCCGCCACCACCAUGGAGGCUGCCGUGGCUAGUCCGGUGCCCUUUGGGCAUUUGCCAGUGCACCAAGUCCCGAAACGAGGUAGGACAAUCGUGAGGCUGUCCCCGGCUGUUUUUCUUUGACGAUAGACCAAAGGUGUGUUAGACGUUGUGUGCCUUUAUUAAAAAUACAUGAACUCCGACACACAAAGGGCAAACGCAUCCCCCCCCCCCCCCCCCCAUUUUUCCUGAUAGCUGGUAAGGGCGAGUACUAUUAGUGAGCACCUACAAAGGCUGGUGCGGUGUGCGAUGGUGUGGCAGGCACCCACACCCAACCGCUUCUGUUUCCCCACUGCUGAUGUUUACAUGCCGUGCAUGGUACUUGUUUGAGACAUCGGACAUCACUUGCCAAUGUCGUUUAUGUAUCAUGGCCAGGAAUCAAACUCACAUCACGGAAAUUGUAGCAAAGUCCGCUGAAUCACGACACCAACCGCGCUAAACUGCCGCACCUCUGCUCCUACACAUACAAGUGCCUGGAUAUGCCAGUAAUCAAUAAUUCAGCGUGAUGAUUGUAUUUAAAAAUGAGAGCAUCUAACAUCAAGGCUUGACUCAGGCCGCACCACCUUUCAAGUGCAAUUGUCGUAGUGCACUGAGUGUACUAAAGUAGUUUUACAACAAGGUGUGUAACUGCUUCCCCUAUCAUGGUGUGUGCAUUUCUUUGAGAGCUCAGACGGUCUUAAAACGCUAACUUUGCAUCAUGUGACGAGCAAUUACGUUUUUGUGACUCAUUUUUUAAAGCUAUAUAUAUACCUUUUACAAAAUCAAUUUUUACAAAUUGGGUUCAAACAAGCUUUUAAAAAAGCUUUAGAUUUUAAGGUGAUGCCACUAAGAUGUUUCACGGGCGAUUGCAUUUGCGAGGUGUCUUUAAAGAUUCAUGAUCAGAGCUGCAAAGUGCCACUGAGACAUCCCCUGUGUCUUCACAAUCAGACUAUUGCCUCGAAUCGUGUAUAUUCCAGCACAAUCACGAUUAAUGUUUUCAGAGAUGAAUUCUAACAAAAAUAUAUAAAAUUACAGAACACGCCCAGGUGACCCACUGGCUGAGCAGCCGAAGGUUGACCUGUAGACCUCCGUUGUUGGUCGACUCAACCCAUGAUUUCUCCCGCAGUGGCUGUCCUAUUGAAUUACUGGCCCCACCAUGCUAAUGUGAAACUUCCACCACUGGCCAAAGUUGACAAACAGAGGUUAUCAUUGCCCCAUUGUUCUUCUGAGUAGGGAGACAUUUUGAUUUGAAUUUGCCUACAGAACAUUGUUCACGACGUGAAUUUACAGCUCAAUUUCUAAAAAAAAAAAGUCCUACAUCUAUCGUCAAGGUAUUGCUAAAGGUAUUGUUAAGACAAUCUGUGAAUGUUGAUGUCCGGAGGCAGCCUUGACGUUGCGAUAGUGCUGCCCGCUGUUGAGGAGCAAUGGGACAAUGAAGUAGCUACUUUUCUGCCCAGCUCAUUCUCCUCCCUCACCUUUGGUCUCUGGAGCCCUGGCACGGAGCCACUUAAUUCUCAGAUGAUCUCCGCUGGCCAUAUAAACACCCGAAGUGGAGAGCACACUUAACCGUUAAGGCUGGAACGGCGCACGAUGGGAGGUGCGACCAGUACCACACGCGGCGUUCGCCGCUCAUACGAAGCAACAGCUUCGGGAAGGGGUGCGUUGUUGGAGGGGUGUCGUGCACUCGCCAACGAGACCCUAGCCAUGUCCCUAACCCCAAGCACCGCCCCUGGUGCUUAACCCAGCCUGCCCUUUAAAUUUGAGACGCCUUUCACUUGCGGCGUCCAAUGCACCCAGUGCCGAUGAAAGUCUUGAAAAUCAAAGCAGUAAAAGAAAAGGGACACUGGACGGAGUGGAUCGCCUGCAAAUGACGUCGCGUCCAAGAAACUUCAAGAUUUUAUAUUUUUUCUUUGCAUAGCCUCUGAGCACCAUCAAAUAACGCGUUCGCGUCACGUAACCGAACGUUGCGGUUAAGAGAGUUGAUGCACAUUUUUUUCUUUUUUUACUCGGCUUUGUUGUUACACAUUGUGUGUGGCGUUGGCAAAACGCGAGUGUGAGCAGGUCCCCAGUAAAGCCAGUUUCAGAUCUUACUCAUUGUGCUGUUAAGUAGUAAAGCCAAAUUCACGUGCAUGUCAACCUUUCACACCGCCCGGUUAACUGAUCUUCUGUCUGUUCUCUGCUCAUUUAAAUGCAAUUGUUGUUCAUUUGAACUUAAUGUAUGUGAUAUAAGUCGCAGUCCUUUAUUUAAGCCGAAGAGAGUACACUGGAAUCUAUUAUCCUGCCAGCGAAGACCAAAUGGCAUAGGCUAGGCAGAGACGGAUAGUAAUCACUGCUUGGAUUUUGGUUGUAGGUCAUUUGUAAACUUGGGAUUUGGGUCUUGUAACCUCAAUUCAUAAUAUGUGCCGAGAAUAACCAGAUGCCCACUGCAUUUGCUGUAUAAUACUGCAAUGUAUGGCCCUUUAACAAAUCCACUGCUGGAUGAAGGCCUCCCCAUGCCUGCAGGUCAUGGGAGUUGUGUGACCGUACUUCACCAGGCUGGUCAGUGCGAAUUUGUGAAGGUGGUAUGCAGAACCAGUUUAGAUAUCACAUUCUACUGGGUUCAUCGCACAAUACGUUAAGCACUGUGCCACCGCUCCAUUCGGUUAUACAGUAGCCAAUAAAAAAAAAUGUUUGCCCUUUGUCACAAGACUCUACCAUUGGGUAUGUGUGUAAUAACAUAAAUCCUAAAAUUAAAACCGAAAACUAAAUUCUUCAUAAGGGAGUAACGGAGACCCCAGGUCUCCCAUGCAUGAGAGAUAGUGAUUAUGAAUCGGGUAAUUGCCCGAUUAAAUAAAGGACAUCGACUUAAACGCUUUACCGUAUAUUAUUUUACACACUGGAGGAUUGUUAAUAUAAUGCCUUUAGUGUUUAAAAUGUAAUUAACAAGGAAAAGGGGGGAAAAAAGCAACAGUCCUCAUUCUGUUUGCAGUAAUUGCCAAACGUUAUCAGAUGAAGGCGCCUGGUUCUGUCCACUCUGCAGCUAAGCUCACCCUGCAGUAAAGGAAGGGUCUCACCCGCUGCAUGUGAAUCGUAUUAAAUUGUGGUUCUGAUCUCGAGGAGCUUGGACCCCUACCCCUUGGUGCGCAUCUCUCGUCCUCUGUGCCUGUGUAGACAGUGUUUUUUCUUUUCGGUAUUUUUGCACAGACUUUGUCUACAUGUGUAAUCGUGUUUUUUUUCUUCCCAAUAUGCUUUCGCAAUCGAUUACCCUUGUACAGAACUGUUAAAAGGUUUGUAAAAAAUAAGUGUUAGAAAAUAAGUGAAUAAAUACUGUAUAUGAACACACAAUUUCAAACAA